UCCAGCAGGACAAGGUGCAAUGCCUUUGUUAGAUAAAAGACCUAAUGGAUAUAAGUUCUUAGCACAAACAGCAUUUAAACAAGCUCUAAAAAAAGCCGAUCCCUCUCUUGGAGAGCUUGCUAUAGUGUGUGAUGUGGCUAGCGAUGAAGCAGACUUAACCGGGUUUGCGGCUGCAAUCUCUGAAGAAACUAAAGAACAUGUUUGGAUUGUAAUGAUUUACGAUGUUGCUCAAUAUAAUCAAUUUCUUAAAUGGGAGAAUAAAGUUCUGUAUAUCAAAGAUAAAGAUGAAGCUGGAGGUCAAAACAAAAUUCUGGCAGCAAAAUCAUUUGAAUUAUUUAACAUUGAACUUUCUGGAAGUGGGCUUGCUAUUCGUUUUCCAAGAACUGUAUGCAAUGUAAACAAGAGCGAAAUUUCUUCAUGUAUCGAAAAGAUGGGUG